CAGAAGGCACUAUAUCUAGAGAUGUUGCGACUGCUUUUGGCCCUGAUACCGCUGGCUCUGGUGCAAGGAGCCACCGACUACUGUGACUCCUCGCUAUGCGGCACCGCCCAGCACAUUGCCUGCAAUAAUAAUGGGGCCUUUUCAUCCAACUGCUCCACGAGUCCCGCUCCCAGGGCGGUGAACUUCAAUGCCAAGCAGAAGACUCUCAUCGUGAAGCUGCACAAUACCUUAAGGAACAACCUGGCCAGCGGCAAGUUGACCAAAUACAAGCCCGCCAAGCGAAUGGCCACCAUGCGUUGGAACAACGAGCUGGCCACGCUGGCUGCCCUCAAUGUGAAGCAGUGCGAGAUGAAACACGAUGCCUGCCACAACACCAAGACCUUCAAGGCCAGUGGUCAGAAUCUGGCCCUCUUUGGCUCUAGCGGCGAUAUAAGCACCACUGCGAUGGCCAAGCUAAUCAGAGACUCGGUGAAUGCCUGGUGGAAUGAGAAAAAGGAUGCCAGCCAGGCCAUUAUGGCCAAGUAUCCCAGCAACUACAGUGGACCGCAAAUUGGUCACUUUACGGCCAUGGCCCAGGAGAAGAACACCCAUUGCGGCUGCGCUGCCGCCUUCUAUGUGAAGGAUGGCUGGAGUUAUUACCUGAUGGCCUGCAACUAUGCCACCACCAAUUGGAUUGGUCAGCCUGUUUACCAGGCGGGCACCAAGGCCUCUGGCUGCAAGAAGGGCGCCAAUGCCAACUAUACGGGUCUGUGCAAGCUCACUGAGGUCUAUAAUGUUUAA